CAGUCAGACAUUAGACAAAAAAAAAGCGAGCGAGGUACUGAAACUGCGAAAUUCUUUCAUUAUAUUUCUUAAUUUUUAUUUGCAAAAUGCAAAAUUACGCUUGACAAAAAGUGUGAACGUGAGCGAAGAAAACGAAAGAAUUUCAAUUGUGGUGUGAGGAAUAUUGUGCGCGUGAUUUCCAUUCGCCAAUUUUGCAAUUAUAUUUUUCGCAGAAAUAAGUGCCCCGCGACUACAGUUUGCUUUUGCUUAAUUUUUUUUUUUUUAUAACUAAAGUGUGCGACUACAUCUUUUUUCAAAUCUACAAUUUAAAGCAACAAGAGCAUUAAAUUUGUGUGUUGUCAAUUCCUCCGAGACCACCGCAAAAAACACCAUCAAUGAAAUCGCCAUAUUUCAUUUUUAAAAUUACAUGUAAUUUUUGUUGAGAAUUGUGUCGAACACGAAAAAUCAACGAAUUAGGCAGUGUUUCAUACAAUUUGGUCACCAAUAUAUGGUCGGAAAAGGUUAUAAUUGACUACUUCCCUUUGUCUGAACUUGUGGUGAGGCAGUAAGUGCACAGCUGCGACGAAUAAAAAAGUUUUGUUAAAUUAUUGUAAUAAAAUAUUGAAAAGUAAACUAAAUAACAUAGUUAAAAGAUGACUUCGACGAGCAACAAAAGUGAUACACCAGCGAGCAAUGGUGACAGCAACGCCGCUACGGGGAACAGCAUGGCGGCAGGUAACGACAAUGCAAGCUGUAGCGGCAGCAUCGAAGCGGAGUACAAUCGAAUUGCUAAUCGUCAGGGCUGGCACAGAUUCUACCAGGACAUUCGUGAUCGUUGCGAUCGUGAAGCUAGUGAAAAGCAAUUUGGCACUGCUGAAUCGGAGAAACCACAAAAUCGGUGUUUAAACAGAUACAGAGACGUAAAUCCCUACGAUCAUUCGCGCAUUAUCAUCCAUAGAGGCAGUGUAGACUAUAUAAAUGCUAAUCUUGUUAAGCUCGAACGUGCCGAACGUAAAUAUAUUCUAACACAAGGUCCGCUAGUCGACACCGUUGGCCACUUUUGGCUGAUGGUAUGGGAACAAAAUACUAAAGCCAUUCUUAUGCUGAACAAAUUGAUGGAGAAAAAGCAGGUCAAAUGUCAUCACUAUUGGCCGGAUAGAAAGGGCCCUGAAAAUGCAUUAAGAUUAAAUGAAGUUAACUUGACUGUUGAAUUUUUACGUUGUGAAGAAUAUCAGAACUUCUGCCGCAGAUGGUUCAAGCUAACAGAUCUUGAAUCGAAGACAAGCCGCGAGAUAUUACAAUUCCACUAUACAACAUGGCCGGACUUUGGUAUUCCCAGUUCACCAGUUGCGUUUUUACAAUUUUUAAAACAGGUGCGCGACUCUGGUGCACUCGAUGCGGAUGUGGGGCCCGCAGUGGUACACUGUAGCGCUGGAAUUGGGCGCUCUGGCACUUUUUGUUUAGUUGACUGCUGUCUAGUUUUGAUUGAAAAGGAAGGCGAGAGCAAAGUUUCUGUACAGGAUGUGCUCUAUGAAUUGCGCAGGUAUCGCAUGGGCCUAAUACAGACUGCAGAUCAAUUAUAUUUCUCAUAUCAGGCAGUUAUAGAGGGAAUCAAAUUGCUUAAGGAUCCAGAAUUUCUGAAUUACAAGGAGGAGCCAAUCAAUAGCAGUGACAAUGAGCACCACGAUCAGUAUGGCACAAUUGGUGGUGAUGUGCCACCACCUCUGCCUCCACGUACACAUUCCCUAGCACUGCCAAUGGCCGGCUGCAGCGCUGCCGGUGCACUAACGUUGAAUUUACAUGGCAAACCAUUACCAAAAAUACCGGCAAGCGCAAGUUUCAACGACGAACUAUACGCCAUGACCGACAAUGCACAACAUGCCAGCAAGGAUGCGUUGAAUAAUUUCAUAAACAACGAAAAAACUGCUGAAAACAUGUCAAACAGACCGCUACCACCACUACCGCCACAACCGCAACGCUCGCAAUCCUCGCUUGAACGCGUACAUGAAUCAGACAGCGAUGAAAAUGAGUUCUACGAAGACGAUAAUAGUGACGAUGACGAUAGUGAUGAUGAAGGACUUUAUAACUAUGACAAUUUGGACGAUAAGAACGCCAACGCCGUUAAUAAGCGGAGUAUAAGUAGUGAACGUGGUAGCGGCAGUGAUGGUGGCGGCGGCGGUGGUAAUGAGUUGUCAACGGAAAUUAAACAAAAUGGCACUGAUGGCUCCAAUAGCAAUCCGCUCGUGAUCGGUCCCGAAAAUGAGUUAAAACGGCGGAAACGUGUCGAACGACAGGCCAACAUCGAACAGAAAGUUAACGAGAUCAAGCGAAAACAGCGCGAAACGGAGGAAAGCAAGCAUGCGGCGAAGAAACGAAGGUCAUUAAUUACCUAUAUUGCGGCGGGUGUUGUUGUGGGUGUGAUUUGUGUGUAUGCAUAUUCGAAGCUAGCCUAAGGCCAAACAAGUUUAAACAAAUAAGGAAUGGUAAAUACAUAUGUACGUUUGAUCGACAUUAAAAAUGUCCCUAUCCCUGCCCUUCACAGCAUCAAUUGAUAGUUAACUUUUGUGUCGCGCGCACAUGCACUUAAAGCGCUUCAUAUAUAUACAUACAUAAAAACAUAUAUACAUAAUAUAUAGUACAUAUGUAUACAAUAACGCUCUCGCCAAUAGCAUUAGUAAGUAAUGCGUUACAUUUAAUUCAUUAGAACAUCUAAUUAGUAAAUGAAGUGAAGCUAAAAUCAAAUACAGAGUAAUAAUUUUGCAUGUAAUUGAAAAGCAUUUAACACGCAAGUGUAUAUGUAUAAAUUAUGUAACUACAAAUACAAAUGUAGUUAUGCAGUAGACGAGUAAGUUUUAAAAUUUCGAACAAUUUUUAAAAAGUUAACUAAACAAGCUAACGAAGUUUCCAUACAAAAGUUGGGUAUUUCCAGAGAGAUUGGCAAAUGCUUUUUGAGUCAAUGCAUAUACAGUAUAAUUUUCCAUACAUAUACAAUUUUCGAUCGACUUCAAAAGGGGUGGGACUAUAUUUUUGAUUGUAUUCGCAGCUCGCGCAGGAAAACACACCCCAUGCAUAUGAAAAACACACAUGCAUGCAUUGAUUGUAUAUUUAUAGCUAUAGAGUACCACUUAUAAGACUCAUGCCAAGUUCUUUUUUUUAUAUUAUUGCUAUCUGACUCUAGAUGCAUACAUAUGAACAAACUUCUGAAAUAAACUAUUAACUAUUUUAAGUUUAACUUUACUACGUUGCGUCAAAUACUAUGCAUACAAUAAUUUAAUUAAAAUCGUGUAGUAAAUAUAAAUUAUUUCUUUUUUUUUGCACUAAAAUCCAAAUGUAGCGCUCAAUUAUUAAACGACUGUCACAACUCAAAAAGCAUGAUUAUUGAGAUAAUGAUACAAAAUAAAUGAUUAUAUCAUGGUUCAUUUUGUUGUAACAUCUUCAUGCCAAAAUCUUUUGUAGUUUCUGCGUGAAAGGAGAGAGUUUCUGCAACUCAAUUUAAAACUUAGCGCGCCUCUCCUGCAAAAAACGUGCAUUUUGCGUUGUGACAGCCUUUUCGGAAAUGACAAAAUGUACAUAUUUACUAACAAUCCUUUAUCAAGCGCGGCUUCACUUGCUCAGAUCGCCUCAUUCGGAGAACUACAUUAUGAUUGAAAAGUGAAAUAGAUAUAUAUGUAUUUCAAACGAAACCUAAACGAUAGGAAAAUACAAAACAAAAUUAGUGGCAGAAUGCAAAUGAUUGAACUGUAAUAGACUGAGAAUGUAAGAGAAAAGGAAAUCGAAAAUAAUCUAAAACCAACGACUUCUUUGUGAACAUUUACAAAUCAUGGCAAGUAAAAUAAAUUAUAUAUUAUAUCUGCAUUCAAAAGAUAAAGUAAAGAACUGCGUUUUCCAUACUUCUGAUAAAAUCAUAUUUUGUAACUUCAGAAUAGCACACACAAAUAAAACAUCAGAGUGUUAACAGAUGUGGAUAUUUAAAUCAAAAAUUGCUAUAAUUUUAGCCUUAGUCGCUGGCCCAGAAAAAAGUUUUAAAAUUUCCUUGGAUUUUCACUGUUUGUUUUGAAUUAAUAUUAUUUAAUUCCGGAAGUUGCUAUUGCAUCUUUGUUCCGUUUCAUACAGUCCGGUUGCGGUGAAAAGCAAAAGCAAGUAAACAGAAACCUAAUUUUUCAAAUUUUUCGGAUGCUGAAAUUUGCAGUUCGCACAAAUACUACCGGGUUCACAGGGGUACAGUCGCGCAGUGAACAAUACUUUUAGUGUAAUUAGUAAUUUUCAAGCAAAAAACAAAAGUGACUUCAAUUCUUAUAUAAAAAUUUAAGAUUAUCGUUAAUUUCUUCAUGAUCCAGUGAUCGGAUUUAAACCAAAUUAGUAUGGGCCCACCUGUGAGUUAGCACCUCACCUCAAGAAGUAUUGAAAUCGGUUAACGUGGUCCAAAGUUAUGCGGUAACAUACAUAAAAAAAAUAAAAUAUUCCGACGAAUU